AUGUCGGCCGAUGAGUCUUUUUCCAUCGCUCAUGCUGGAAAAGUCUCUGCGGAUGCUGCCGGCUACCAGAACGAGCAAGGUGGAGUCGAUGGCCGCGAUGCUCUCGAGCAAUCCAAGCCGAACCUGGGCAUUCCAGGACGGCGUGGGCACGAAGAUCGCGUGAGAGCUGUCGAUCUUUCACCGGAUGGUGAGACCGUCGCCAGCGCCUCCGAUGACGGCACUGUCCGCCUGUGGGACUGGGAGGGAGACCCAAUGCUGCCCGAAGGCUCUGUCAUCGCCAGUGCAAGCGACGACGGCUCGGCGAAGGCCCAGAGGGCCAACCCCUUCGGGGAGGGAGCUUGGCCCCUGCGCCAGCACACUGGGGCGUGGGGCGGCCAGGUGCAAAGCUACGGUCGCGGGCUUUCUUUGCCCUUGGACGAAUUGAGCAGGAGCUGUUGGAGUACCUUUGGAAUGACCCGGCUGGACCAUUUGCGUCUCAGGACGCUCUGUCAUGGGGAUUCGAGGCGUCGCCGAAGGAGCCCUUCCUUCUCAAGGCAGACUGGCACACACAAAGCCUCGGACAGGCAGUGGGGGUUCAUUCCGAGACUGGGUCGAGGAGGCGGCCUCCGGCGGGCGCCACCGCGCUUCUGCGCCUUCGCGGAGGCGCUGCGGCGUUCGAGGUGUUUUCCGAACCCUGGCAGCUCGUUGGUUGGCAACGAGGGCUCUCUUCUUCACCGGGGAGCCCUGGACUGCAUUGAAGCACAGUGGCAGCACGCCGCGGAGGAGUGGCAGUUCAUGCGAUCCCACCGGGAUGGUGCAUCCGGCCUCCUUCAGAUAGGUCUCUCGCUACGGGGUCGUCGCUACCUUUCUUUCGGGCUGCACCAUUCCCCGGAGCCGCCUGCAGGCCCCGAUCCAAGCGUUUGGGACGAAGAGGCCUGGCAGAAGCUACCAGCUGCAGAUCUCACCACUCUCGCACUGAAUCCCGGUGAUGUCUACGUGGCCACGCCCGCCGUGUUCGAACACGGAUCCCACAGUGGCGUUGAUGUUUCGGCUGGCGCUGCCCGACACGGCGGCAACAAAGGACCUGAACCGGUGUGA